AUGAACAUCGUGGCUGUAUUAGUGGAAGGGUGGCAUGAUUUAGAUAACAAAGACUAUGAUUGCUGGCCUCUGGAAAAACCAGAUGAAUUUAACAUGCUGGACUGUGGAGGCCUGGAGAUGGCAUGGGUGCAAAGGCCUCCAGAAAAGACUGUGAGUGGGGAAUUCUUCAAUGUGACUUAUGCAGUCUUUGCUUCAGACAACUUUUAUCAGUAUGCAGUGCAAAAUGGAAUCCUUUCUCACAGGUAUUACCUCCUCAAUGCUACUGCUGCAAAGGAAUUCUGUGAGGAUCAUGAAUGCCCUGCCAGCUGGAAAGAUGCAAAUGGAGAGAACUGCUGUGUCUACCAUGCCAAUAUUCACUCCUGUCCUUUGGCAUUUAUGGGUAGAGGAGGAAUAUGUGGUCCAUGGAUCCCAGAUGAUGGCCAGAUAUUUACUCACACUUUGUCUACAGCUGGCAAAAUGAGCCAAAGAAACUGGACUGCAAAGGUUGUUUUAGUUCACGUGGGUGUUACUUCUCUCAUCGCACACAUCAGAGUUGGGAGAAUGCAAGCUGCUCUGGAAGCAAAAACCACGGUCCUUCCUGCAGUAGUCUGUGGAGAUAGCUUUUGUGAGGAAGAAGAAGGCUGCUCUAUCUGUCCAGCUGAUUGUGGGGAAUGCCCACUCUCGACAGAUGCUGGGAUAGCAAUUGCCUUACCAAUAUGCUUAGUUUUCACUUGCUUCAUUUUGACCGUCAUUUGUUUACAAUAUCAGAAACAGAAGAUGUUUUGGGAUGAAAGCUGGAUUAUAGACUUCACCCUCAUCAAACAAGAUCACACGGUAUGGACAGCAACAGGAAGCAUGAUGAGUGCUCUCCCAGCAUCCAGUGACUCCAACAUCAGCUGUAUGUCUGCUCUGAGCUCCUGCACAGCAGCUGCUAACAUGUCUGGGAAAGAGUAUUUCACCCACACUGGAAGAUAUGAUGGCAGAACAGUGGCCAUAAAGAAAAUAAUGAAGAAGGCCUUUACACUGUCCAAAUCCAUACGUAAAGAAGUAAAGCAAGUGAGGGAGCUUGACCAUCCUAAUCUCUGCAAAUUCAUUGGAGGUUGUAUAGAAGUUCCAAAUGUUGCCAUCGUGACCGAGUAUUGCCCCAAAGGCAGCCUGAAUGAUGUUCUGCUCAAUGAAGACAUUCCUUUGAAUUGGGGCUUCAGGUUUUCUUUUGCUACUGAUAUUGCACAAGGAAUGGCCUAUCUUCACCACCACAAAAUGUAUCAUGGACGGCUGAAGUCCAGUAACUGCGUGAUAGAUGAUCGAUGGGUUUGUAAAAUUACAGAUUAUGGUUUGCAGUCAUACAGAAAAGAAGAUUCUCCUGAGGGGUCAAGCUCAUAUCAGCAGCAUUUGAUACAGAUUUACACAGCACCUGAAAUCUAUUCCCUUUCAAACUGUGAAGCCAAUUCUAUGACAGAUGUCUACAGUUAUGCCAUCAUUUUACUAGAAAUUGCCACAAGAAGCGACCCUGUGCUGGUAAGGAAACUUUGAUUCUGUGAACUGUCUUGUUGCCCACCUUUGACAGAAUUAAUUUCAGGAAAGGCUGAGAAUUCUUGCCCAUGUCCAGCAGAUUACAUAGAGUUAAUAAGAAGGUGCAGAAAAAUUAAUCCAGCUCAAAGGCCCACAUUUGAACAAGUCAAGAAAAUGUUGUACAAGAUGAAUCCUAAUAAAGUCAGCCCUGUUGACAUGAUGAUGACUCUGAUGGAGAAAUACAGUAAACAUUUGGAAAUACUGGUUUCUGAGAGAACUCAGGAUUUAAUGCAUGAAAAACAGAAGACUGACCGUCUGUUAUAUAGUAUGUUGCCAAAGCAAGUAGCAGAUGAUCUCAGGCAGGGGAAACAUGCACAAGCUCAAAGUUACUUAAGUGCCACCAUCUUUUUCAGUGACAUUGUUGGCUUCACUCAGCUGUCCAGCAGCAGCACACCUUACCAAGUGGUAGAUCUUCUGAACAAGCUUUAUACCACUUUUGAUGAAAUCAUAGAUAACUAUGAUGUCUAUAAGGUGGAGACAAUAGGAGAUGCCUAUAUGGUGGUGUCAGGAGUACCCAAAGAGAAUGGGAUCCUUCAUGCUGGCGAGAUUGCAAGCAUGGCUUUAGACCUUCUGGAUGUCUGCAAGACUUUUAGGAUCCCACACAAACCAAACACCCUCCUAAAGAUAAGAGCAGGAAUCCAUUCAGGAGCAGUUGUAGCUGGAGUUGUUGGAACCAAAAUGCCACGGUAUUGUUUAUUUGGAGAUACUGUGAACACAGCUUCCAGGAUGGAAUCAACCAGUGAAGCUCUUAAAAUACAGUGUAGUUCAAGUGCAUACCAGCUGUUGGAGCAGAUUGGAGAGUAUGUGUUAGUAUGCCGUGGGAAUUUACAAGUCAAGGGGAAAGGAGACAUGGUAACAUACUGGCUCGAAGGUAAGAAAGCUUCUGCCACCCAGAAGGCAGCCCCGAGCAUUCCUGCGACUCUUGGAGAACCCACCAGAGCUUCAUUUAGUUUGAUACCAGGUGUCCUUCCCAGUGAGCCUCUCUCAAGCUCUGCUUACUAG